UUGUGCGCCUUAAAGCGUGGCGCAUCUCCAAUUUAGUGGUGCGGGAUUCUAACAAAUUACUGUUUAUUUUUUAUAUAUAUUUUGAGGACUUUUAACGAUUGACUCGUGAUAUUAUCUGCUUGUUUUCUAUUUUACUUUGGUUUGGGGUUUAUUUUAGACAUCGUCGGCUUACUUCGCUUCACGAUGCAGGCGCUAAAGGUCGGCUGUGUUUCGGCUCGGCUUAAAGCCCUCAGCUCAGUCGGACUGCACUGCACCGAACUCGUCAAAGCGACUUCGUUCCGACACGUCCACCACUCUGUAAGUCGCUUUGGUCGAACGAACGAAAAAGCAGAUGACACACCCAUCAUUCGUGUCCCUCAGUACAUGACGAAACGCGCAGAAAACAUGAGGGAGGCUCGGAGCAAAACCAAAGUCAACCUUAUUAAAGGGGGCAAGCUCCUGAUCGACAGCAAGCACCCGUGUUGUAAGCAGUCUGCGGGACACACCCUGGGGAAGUUCGAGCAGCCCGUUCUGGCCUCCAAAGGUUGGAAACACAAAAAAUCCCACGGCGACCACUUCACCGUCAACAACAUUAAAGACGCAGCGCCCUGCGUUGCCCCCAGCCAGAUGACGGAGGCGGAACGGGAAACAGCCGUGACGUUUGAGAACCUCCACAUCUGCAAGGAGCUGAUUAACACUUUGGAAAGCAUUGGGAUCACUCAUCCCACCACCGUGCAGCUGCAGACCAUCCCCAUGGUCAUGAAAGGUCACAACAUUCUCUGCGCUGCAGAAACGGGCAGUGGGAAAACACUGAGCUACCUGCUGCCCGUUGUUCAGAAGCUGCGGGCUCAAAUAAACGCCGAAACGAACGCCGAGAGCACAAACAAGAUUCUUGCAGCGAUUCUGGUGCCGUCCAAAGAGCUAAGUGAGCAAGUAGCGGCUGUCUCCAGAACUCUGUGUGCUCCCUUCAACUUGCACACACAGGUUGUGGGUGGUGGGCAAGGCAUGGGCCACAUCAAGGGAAUCUUUCGGCAGGAUCAUCCAGAUAUUUUAGUGGCCACACCAGGUGCCCUGGUCAAGGCCCUGCGGAGGAAUUAUCUGGAUUUGGGUGCGCUGCACUUCUUGGUGAUAGAUGAGGCUGACACCAUGUUUGACCCCAGCUUCUCUGAGCUGCUGGAGAACAUCCUUCAGCAUACGGACAUCGCGAACCAUCCCAGGGAAACGCGGGGCCUGGAUUAUAAAGCCCAGCUGCUGCUCAUUGGGGCCACCUUCCCCGGGGGUGUCGGGGAAGUGCUCAGCAAGGUGACAGACCUCGGGAAUAUCGUGACGAUCAAGAGCAGGAUGCUGCAUCGCCUCAUGCCCCACGUCAAGCAGAGGUUCCUGAAGGUAAAGAGUGCAGACAAAAUCCUGGAGCUCUGUCAAGCCCUGAAGUUGUUUCAGUGUGACAAGAAAGGGGGCGCUGCGCUCGUGUUCUGCAACAAGUCUACCACCGUGAACUGGCUGGGCUACAAUCUGGAGGAAAUGGGGUUCCAGCACGCCCGACUGCAAGGAGAGAUGCCCGCCGCCGUGCGUGCAGGGAUCUUCCAGUGCUUCCAGAAGGGCGGCACGAACGUGCUCGUUUGCACAGACAUCGUCUCGCGCGGCCUGGACACCUCCAGGGUGCGCCUGAUCAUCAACUACGACUUCCCGGAGACCUACACCGACUACCUCCACCGAGCAGGCAGAGUGGGGAGAGCCGGAGGCGUGGAGCACGGAGAGGUGCUCAGCUUCGUCACUCACCCGUGGGAUGUGGAGCGGGUGCAGAACAUUGAGACGGCUGCUCGUCGGAGAGCCACUUUGCCAGGGAUGAAAUCUAAAAUACAAGAACCAAAGCCCAUACCAGUGGACUCAGAGGAGAGCCUCGCGCGGCCUGGACACCUCCAGGAUGCGCCUGAUCAUCAACUACGACUUCCCAGAGACCCACGCCGACUACCUCCACCGAGCAGGCAGAGCGGGGAGAGCUGGAGGCCUGGAGGACGGAGAGGUGCUCCGCUUCGUCACUCACCUGUGAGAUCUGGAGCGGGUGCUCGUCAGAGAACCACUUUGCCAAGGAUGAAAUCUAGAAGAUAACCAAAACCCAAACCAGUGGACUUAGAGGAGUAAAUUUUUUGUGUUUGAAAAUAUUCACGGAAUCGUAAAAAGCGAGAGAGAGAGAGAGCCGUGCAGAACUCAUAGCAAAGCUUAUUUAUGAUGAAUAAAAUAGAGUUUUGCUUACCUGUCA